CGCCUGCGUGCGCGGGGCGCCGCUGCCCGCGGAGGACGUCGGCGGCGCGCCGCCCGCGACCGCUCGCGUGGACCGCUGGUCCCCGCACGCCUUCGUGGACGCGUUCCUCGGAACGCACUGGGUGGAUUUCAAUCUGGGAAGGUGCGGGGACGCGAGCGAGGCGCUGUCGUUCGUCGUGGACGACACGCCUGGUCUCCGCCGUCUCUUCCAGACAGGAUGCGGCGACGAGGUCAUGCUGAGGCUGCCAGCUUUCGUGGACGGGGCAGACGACGGCGACGACGCCCUGUCGCCGCAGGACUUCUUCCUCGACGGGGGCGCGCAGACACUGGACAUUCGAGAGCUGCUCCGCCGCGGCGCCUCCAUGGGCGGGCGACUGCAAUCGAAGCCCGAGUUGUUGGCGGUCCACGUGCCUCAGAGAUGGGAGCGGGGCGACGGCGCGGCGCUCUUCCUCGGCGGCUGCGACAUCGCGCCCUACUGGGGCGAGCUCCCGGUGGUGGCUCUGAGGGCGGGGGAGGAAGACGUCGCAUACCGCCUGCGCGCCUACGUGCAGUACAUCCUGCCCGAGGGAUCGGACGCCAUCCCAUCCCGCGUCCUGAAUGACCCCCAGGGCCACUUCGUGGCCCACUUCGAGGAGGACGGCAGCUGGUACACUGCAGACGACCUGGGCGAUCGGCCGCGCGUGGUCCAGUGGGCGCCGGGCACCGAGCACAAGAUGCCCUUCGUGAUCUUCCUUGAGAGGGUGGACUCCAGGGCGGCCUGCGCCGAGGCGUGCCCGUGGCCGCCCGGGCCUGUCGUCGACGGCGCGGAAGGCGCGGGCGACGACGGCGACGCCGACGCGGACGGCGAGGGCAGCCCCGGCCUCGACGGAGCGCCCGAGGAGGAUGGGGGGGGUGGCGGGGCCGGCGACGCCAGCCAGUCGGGCGCGCGGAAGCGGCCCGCGGCGUCCGCGAGGAGCGGCGCCCCUCCCAGGAAGCGCCUCCGCCUCCGAGGGAAACAGAGCGCAGCUGGAUGGCAGCAGAGCCGCGCUGGCAGGCAGCAGAGCCGCGCUGGGAGGCAGCAGGAUAGGCAGCAGAGCCGCGCUGGGAGACAGCAGAGCCGCGCUGGGAGGCAAGACGGCCGGAGCCGCGAUGGCCGCGACGACCAGAAGCGCGGAUGCAAGCCAGAGGACGUGCUCCGGCAGGGGCGGAAGCCGAAGAGCAAGGGCGACAACGCCGACGGGUCUAGGCAGGACGCCCAGAACAACGCCGCCGCCCCUGUCCUGCGCAGCAGCAGAGACGCGAAGAGCUUGCAGGCGGCCUGCGACGCGCGCCGGGAGUGCGGCGACCUCUUCUUGCUCUUGCACUUGCUGGAGCCGCUGGCCGUUGCCGAUGACCUGCUGAAGUAUUACCCAGACUUCUUCGUCUACGCUGGCGACGAUUGCGCCAACCGAUGGGCGACGUUCCUGCGCGCCCCCGAUCGGCCAAACAAGUUGGCAGGCAGGCUGCGGGAGGCGCUCGGGGUCACGGAGGAGGAGAUUUCCGACGCCAGGCGCCGACUGGAGUGCGGGGAGUGGCACAUGCACCACGUCGCGGAGCUCCUGGACGAGCGCCUGAACUCCGCCCGCGGCGUGCACUCCGUGUCGGCCGCGGUCCGCAUGGCGGCGGGCGACGGGCCGGGGGCGCAGGGCGACGGCAAUCCGUUGAGGGCGCACCUGGCGGAGGCGUGGCAGCGCAGAGCCUGCAACCGCGGGCCGCCACGGCACUCGGCCAUGCCUGCGCGCCUUCGGGAUCGCUCUGAGCGGUUUCAGUGCCCCGCGCCUGCGCUGCAGUAUACCUGCCGCUUGUACGAGGCCGAGUUCCCCAACAGGGAGGCGGUCAAGGCGCGCCAGGACAGGGUCCACGAGGGGCAGCGGUGGUACCAGUCGCAGUACGUGGCGCGGUGCGAGCUGGAGCCCUACCAGCCGUCGCCGACCGAGGAGCGCCAGGCGAGCGGGUUCCACAUCUCCCAGUGCUGCGCCACCGUCGACCCCGUGGACGAGCCGUUCGCCCCGAAGCUUGAAUCGGAAGUGCAGAAGCAGCUGCUGCACGCGGCGAUCAUCGAAAGGAUCGUCGGCGAGAUCGGACAGGGGGCUCCCGCGGAGGAUGCGUCCCUGCAGACGGCCAAAGCGGCGGAGUCGGCAGCCCGCGCUCAGGCGGCGUGUCAGGCGAGGGAGCCCCGCGCUUUCCAGGCCUGCGUCUGCUGCGCAAUGCAGCAGUGGUCCGAGAAUCUCCACUCGGAGUUUCUCGUCGGCGACAUGUGCACCAUCAAGGACCGGGCCAAGUUCGCGGAAUGCCUGUCGGCCGAGUGGUAUCACCAACGAUGGCCCCUCAUACCGCACGAGGAGCUGAUGUUGUCGGCCGUGGACUUCCCGCACGAAGACAGCGAGGGCUCGCCGACGUCCACGAAGAUACUCUUGCACAAGAGGCGCGUGCCGCCAGAGGCGCUCGAAGGGAAGGAGCCUGUGAAAGUGUGCGACGACUGCCGGAAAAACCAAUGGUCCGAUCGUCCCCAGGUGCCGCUCAUGGCACUGGUGAACGACCUCUGGCUGGGCCGCCACCGCCCUCUGCUGAGGAAGGCCGCUCUGACGCGCCAGAUGCUGCUCGCGCUGGGCCGCGUCGUGUCCGCGAAGAUCUACCUGUCCAGCAAGGGCGCCGACAAGGCCGUCCGGCAGGAGCAGCAGUCCUGGAGGCAGAAGUUCUUGCAGUACGCCAUGCAGGGCACCGCCAUCGUGUUCGGGAACGGGAACGUGGACCACGCGAUGCGGAGCUUCCCGCUGGAGCCUGACACGCUCAGGGACACGUUCGUGGCCGUCUUCGCGGGCGCGGACGACGACGACGAGGGCAUCCCCCUGACUGAGGAGCAGAAGCAAGAGAGGGCCCUGCGAGCCAUGAGGGAGGAGGUGGCGUUGCACGUCGACAAGGCGGAGUACGACGCCCAGGCGCGGUUGUUGAAGCAACACAACUACGUGUACAAUGACCCGGGCGUGCAGUACCGAUCGGACUUCGUGGACCAGUUUCCCUCGCAGCCGGGCGUGCCCGACUGCAUGCUGGCCUGCGCCAAGUACAUCCCCACGGACGCGGCGUUGGACGACGUCGCGCAGGCACAGGGGCCCGCCUCGGCCACCACUGGCGGGCAGGCCGAGAUGGGCGCGGCCGCCGAGGACGCGCAGGAGCUGACCAAGUGGCUGUCCGUCCUCGAGGACCACAUGGACGACGUCAGCGAGCUCGCGCCCCUGCCGGCGCUCCAGGGCAUGCUCGAGAGGAUGGAGAGCCAGGCGGGGCGCGUGGUUGCCAACGAGCUGAUGUCCAGGCUCGAGGACCAGAGAGGCGAGGACAGGGCGAUGCAGCUGGACGAGAUCGGGCGUCACCGCCUGCGAGAUCUUUGCAAGGAGUUCCAUUCGCGCUGUCGGAAGAUCUCCCCGGGGGAGGACAUGGCGAAGCUGCACUGGCGUGUCCAGGCGCUGGAGACGAACUACUGCCAGACGAGGGAGGACGCGGGCGACCUGGCGCGACCUGCAGGAGUCGCGGGGACUCCCGCCGAGGACGACCCGCGCUCCUUGCAGGAACCGCCCGGACCAGACGGCCAGCGAAAGGCGAGGCUUGUGGUGCCCACUUCAAAGAAGGCGGAGACCUGGUGGGAUCCGAAGUACUGGUCGAUUGCCAGGCCCACGGACUUCUGCUACGGGGACUGCGCCUGGGGCCUCGGCGAUAAGGAGGGUCGGCUCUGCUUCAGCGUGGCGCACUUCAUCAGGAACCUUCUUACGCGGGAGGAGAUGGAGUACGACGUGCCCGGCGACAAGGAGAAGUACAAGGCCGAACCCAUCAAUCGUUUCCGGAGCUCCUGGUACGACGUGCACCUGCUGCACUCCUUUUACAGAGUCACGGAGACGACCAACAGCACCUACACCUUCAUGAAGCAGCCUGGGGCGUUCGGGGCCGCCCGCGCCUGCGCGGACAUCACGCCAGAGAUGAUCGGGGCGUAUACCCUGCGUUUUGGCCCACCCGUGCAGUUCGUCACCCCGAACCUGGCCGACACCAAGCAGCCCCUGAUCCUCGUCGUGCAGGGGGAGGAGUACAACUUCGACAACGACCUGAACGAGGCGGAGAGAUUCACGUGCAGCGAGAUGUCGCAGCGUAUCGCAAAGGACCCCACGGGCCAGUCCGUGGUGUUCGAGCUGAUGAUGAGGCUGUUCUUCGUCCACGUCCUCGGCCUGCGCCCAGAGACCGUCGGGUGGCGGCGAGGAGAAGUUCAAAAGCCUUCGGAGCACUGGGUUUCCGACGGCGUCGCUGCCGAUCUCAUGGGCGCGCCCACAGUGUUCGGCCCCCUCGCGGCGGCGUUCGGGCCGGUCGGGGCCCAGGGCCGCGGCUCGCUGCAUCCGCACAUCCUCAUCUGGCUGCUGCAGGGCCAGCUGCACGUGCUCUUGGACAUGCUGCAGCGCGACCAGGCGCGCUUCCAGGAGCGCCUGAGCCUGUGGAUGCGGCAGGUGGUGCAGGCCGUCGUCGCCCCUCAGCAGAGCUCCGCGGAGAUGCAGCCCCAGCAGCUGCAGGGGGGCGAGAACAAGUGCAGGGUCCAGGUGCCGCCGCUCCCCUUCGGGCCCAACGAGAAGCGGUACUUUAGAGCCGACGGGAACGCGGAGAUGGCCACGGCAGAACAGCUCGGGGCCGAGGGCGAAAUCGAGCGGCAGGAGCUGUGGAUCAACGAUCCCAAAGAAACCGCAAAUCGAGGGGAGGACGUGUAUCACAAGGCGAUUCGCCCCGAUCUGCCGCUGCGCAACAAGGCCGGCGAGACCGUGGACGACGAAGCGACGUGGACAGAGCAGCAGGCCGCGGAGAGCAAGAGGCAAUGGCAGCGGCCGCUCUCCAGCAGCGCCUCCGGCAUCUUCCCGAAGUACCGCAGCGGGUGCACCCUCGAGCAGUCUCUCCCGAGCGACGAGUGGAUUCGCGAGAUGUGCCGCGACGCGCGCGAGCUCGUCAUCGGUUGCGGCAUCCACGUCUGCAGCCCCUCCUGCUAUAAGUACCAUUCCGACAAGACGCGCGGCUCGCAGAUCUGCCGCCACAACUACUACAACCUGGUGACAUUGUGCACGUGGCCCGAGGAGGGGGACUCCCAGGAGUGCCGGCUCCGCACGCGCGGGAAGGCGCUGCGUGGCUGCAUCGGGAUAUUCCAGGAGACGGACUACGGCAUGGCCGGGCGCAUCGUCACCUUUCAGCUCCACCCCGGGGAGACCACCACCAAGUGCGCGGCGCUCGUCUCAGCGCGGUGCAACGUGGACGUGCAGGACAUGAGACGGGUGCUGCCCCCGCGCCUGUGGAUGGAGGCGUCGGAGCUGGAACCGCCGGGGAAAGAGGAGCACCGCAACAGUUACAACCACGGCCUCUACCCUCAGCGCUACCCUGACUUCCCGGUGGGCGCCCGGGAGGACUGGGGAUGGUUCCAGCACCUGACCACCACGUCCGAGGCGAAGUGGGACCUCGUCGUAGUCACCGGCUGGCACGAGAUCUUCAAGGAGCUCGCGGACUGCGAUAGCCCGAGCGUGGACGGUGACGACGCUGCGCGCGCAAAUCUCCAGUGCGACCUGGAACGGCACGCGCUCGCCACUUUCGUGGAUACUCACAACACGAGCUACUACGUGAACUCUUACACCACGAAGGUGAACCCCAACAUGGACAACGUGCUCUGCAAGCUCCUUGACGGCGUGCGCCGCCUCAAGAGCCAGUGGGGCGAUCGGGAAGCGCAGGAUUUCAAGCGCACGCUGCAGGUGCUGUCCCGCUUCGAGACCUGCUUCCGCAGGGCCUCCUGGAAGAGCGGCAGCGGGAUGGUAUUCCCAAUGCUUUUCGGGCACCUCUCCUUCCUGACGCACCGUUGCUGGAAGGUGUUCACGCGGAAAUCCAUCUACCUCGCCGCGGAGUCCUGGCGCAGGCGAUACGGCCAGGCCGACACCGCGGAAAGCCCGCCCGCCGCCUCGAUCACGUACGCGGUCCCCGGCACUGGUCAGCAGGUCGCGAUGCCGGGGUGGAGCGAGGUGCAGCGCGAGGGCGAAACGGUGUACGUCAGCCCCGACGGCGAGGAGUUCGACACGAUCGAGUACGCGCACCAGGCGUUCCAGAUCGCGAACGCCAGCGGCGGCUCGCUGCGCGACGUGACGAAGGCAUUGAACAAGAUGCGGGAAGGCGAAGCAGAAGAGCAGCCUGAGGCACCGGGGCCGACCGUCGAGGGCCUCACGCAGGGCAAGUGCAGGGGCGCCGUGCUGAGCCAGCACGACGACUGGAUGCACCGCGGAGACCACCCGAUUGUCCGAGACAUGAACCUGUACGUCUACAGCAUCUGGGUGUACCGCGUGGAACUGCCGUUGCACGCCCUUCCGGCCGGGGAGCUGGAGCCCGAGGGCAGCGGGGGGCGCGCCCUGCACGUGGACAUCGCCUUCGACUCGUCCUACUCGGCGGCGCGGAACUGGACGCAGAGGCUGGCCGCCGAGCCGCGCAUCCCGAAGCCGGACGGCUUCCAGUUCGUGAGCGCGGAGUCGAACGUCGAGACGCACUACCUCAUGAAGUCGGUGCUGCUCAGACCAGUGCAUCUGCCGGACGCCGACGGGCCCAACGACACGAAGGAGCUGCGCUACCUCCGCGCGUACGAGCACCU